GAAUUCUUUAAAGUCUAUAUACCAGCAGGGGAGAGAAAAAUCUUCGCUUUAUAGUUUAAAUAUUCUCUCACUGGCUUUAGUCAAUGUUGAAUAAGUGUUGAGUCUACAUCAUGAAAGUUUUCUAUCUCAUAAGUGUCAUAAUUGUCUAUCUGUCUUUAACAUAUGCGGCAGCAUUUUAUGGCAUUCAAGAACAUCAAGAUCAUCCUGGCAAAUGUUAUGAUCAUCGCUAUGGCACUGGCUUGUAUGCUCCUGGAGAGGAAUUAAAUGAUCCUCUGCAAUGUCUACUCAUAAAAUGUCAUGAAGGCAGCAUAAUCGAGAGUUAUAGUUGUGGACUUUUUCCCAAACGUGAGGGUUGUAUUUUAAGCGAUGCUCCAAUUGAACUUUAUCCGAAUUGUUGUAAUCGAAAACUUAUUUGCAGUAAUUAAAUGAAGUGUCUUCAAUGCUAAUUUUGCCCAUGAACAUUCCACUAAGGAACAGGGGUGAAAAGGGGCUAUUAGUGCUAAUGUGCUAAUAUAUGGAAAUAAAGACAAAAGAUGUAAUAAAAUGACAAAAUAAGAUAUA